UUGACAGUCCUCAAGCAAAACUUCAAAAUUUCUUGUUCCUUUUGGGCUUGGUGUCCGCAAAACAUCUGUUUUUGACAACCCAUCAAAAAUAUAAGAUUUGUUUUCCUUGCAAAUUUCAUAAUCCAUUAAAAGAUUACUCAAAAUUCAAUUAAAUUAAUAAUAAAGUAAUAAAGUCAACAAUAAAGUCAAAUGAUGGCUAACAUAUUACGUAAAAUUAUUCUACCAACACUUCAGAGAGAAAUCUGUGCGAGACACAUCAGAACCAGUGCCGGCAACAACUAUUCUGAAACCAAAUCACAACCGGAAGCUCUAAAAAUUGAUCUCAGUGAUGCAUGCAAUAAACGACUUAGUGAAAUUUGUAAAGAUGGUUCAUUUCUUCGAAUCACAGUUGAAGGAGGGGGUUGUUCAGGAUUUCAGUACAAAUUCGAUUUGGACAAUAAAAAGAAUGACGAUGAUCUAACGUUUGGCAAGGAAAAUGCUCAGAUCGUCAUCGAUACGACUUCUCUUGAAUAUUGCUCCGGCGCAAUUGUUGAUUAUCACACCGAGUUAAUACGAUCGGGCUUUCGAAUAAUUGCAAAUCCAAAAGCCGAACAGGGUUGCUCAUGUGGUGCUUCGUUUGCAAUCAAAUUAGAUUAGGGAAUUGUGGUUUUCUGCAAAAUGAAGAGAUGUGUUAAGUAUGUUUGUAAUUAGGAAAUUAAGUAAUGAAACGUUUUUUGAUGAACAUUAAUAAAAUUUUAUUAAUAUAAUAAAUACACAUAAAAA